GGCGCCCGAUCCAAAAAAACUUGUUUUCACUUGUUGCUGUGGUGAUGUCUUGAUCUGUGAUCAAAAAAUUUAAUAUCCAUUUCUUGCUGCGCAAAACUCGGUUUUAAUACUGUUUGUGAAAGUCAAAUUGGUGAAAAGUGUGGAGAAAAUUUGUCCGAAAUGGGAGGAAAACGAAAGUCGGCCAUCAAGACGCGUACUUCACGGCGGCAGCUACGCUCUGCCAAACCGCAUCUGCCUUCGCCUCCGCCACCGUCCGAAUCGUCCACUUCGGCCGAUGAGAAUCAUGGUCGGGGCGUAACGCCUACCCCUUCUCCGGACAGUGUCGGCACUUUCGGAAGGCGACGCCGCCGACUUCGAAAGCGAGCGCAAGUCAUGGAGAGCAGUAGUGUUGACACCGAAGAGGAUGAGGAGGAGACGGAGAAGUCGAAGCAAAAGGCUGAAGAGCUUUCAGAAUCAACGGCAGAUGAUGAUGAUCCGGUUGCGCGAGUGGAGGAGCUGAAUCGGCUGGCACUGUUUAUCAGGGAAGUACGGAAGAUGGGAAAAGAAGUUGACGCGGCGUGCGAUGAGCUGGAAGAUGCAUUGAAUGACGAGGCGGAAGCGGAGAUUGGAAGGCUGAAAACCAAAUUGAUUGGUUUGACCGAAAAGUUCUACCAGAAAAUAAUGCGAAUUUCUAAGAGUGCUGAAACAACGUCCAAAAAGGCGCAGAAGAUCCAGCCAGGUCGCGUACAGAAAGACAACAUCGAUGAUGUUUCGGUAAGUCCGAAAACGUCCAAGUCUCGCUCAAAUAGCGUGGAUUACACCGAUUAUACGCCACCCCAAGAGCCAGAAAAGUGUGAAGAAUCUGAAACAGUAAGAGCUGAUGACUCGACUGCAAAGGACAGUGGCAAUCCGUCUUCGGACCAUGAAGAAUCGGCAACUACGACAAAAGGAUCGGCAGAAGAAAUUCCAACAUAUGUUGCAUUGGAAUGCCACUCGCCAACGCCUGUGUACUUUGAUGAUUGUGAACCGGAACCGAUUCGGGAUGUCCCGAAUGAUGAAACCAGAGAAACCGUACCGGAUAUGGACACGGAUUCUGCAAUCGCACCCGUUCCGGACGACGAUACGGAGAACUUUUACAACCCAAAUCUGUUCAAAGAGGAGGCAAAUGAGGUGGAACUGGACAAAGUUCAGGACGAACCGGCACAGAGCAAUGCCGAAACUUAUUCGAAACCGGACAAUGUUGAAGAUGACAGAACGUCUGACAUAGAAGGAGAAUCUGUGGUAAACGAUUCCAUCUUUGGUUUCCACAAUUAUGCCACUCCGCAGCGACGGAACCCGGAGCGUCCCCCGCCUGUGGCAGACACGGUUAAACUGGCAAUAAAGAAGGAAAGCUUCGAACAGCGGAAGCAGCAAGCAGCGAUGAGUACACCGUGUGGAACUCGCGGCAUUGGGCAACGGAAACUGGUGAUAGUUGGCGCAAAGCCAAAUUUCACGAUCACUGCUGUGCCGUGUGAGCCGCCUAGUGCAGUGCGCUCUCCUCUGCCCGAAAACCCAGUUCCGGUCAAACCAGAUCCCGAUACAAAACCCCUCUAUCAGCCGGAACCCAGUACGUCGAAGGACUUAGAUGUAAAACUGAUCGAAAAACCCAACAAAUCGGAUAAGGAUGAGUUCGUUACCAACGCCGAUCCCAAUCCCAACAGGAAGCCUACAAACGAUGAAAUUCGUUACAUCGUUCCGCAUCUGCCUAAAUUCAGUGUCUCGCAAGUGCCGCAAGGCGAAAACUACGAACUAACGCUGAUGAAACAGGAGAUCGAGCAGCGUCUUCGGGUAAACGAUUUGUCCUGGGUAACUCAGCGGGCCAUUCGGGACGAGACCGCUCGUAUCAAGAAAGUCAACCGAAAUAACGAGCGGCUGACUCGGGAAUUGGAGCGUUUUGGAGGUACCGUAUCGGCUAACCAGCUGAUCCUCGACUACGAUUCGGACAAGAAGACGUUUAUUCGGGUUCAUCCGGAGUUGGUGGCAAAAAUGAAACCACAUCAAAAGGAAGGAAUCAAGUUCAUGUACGACUGUUGCUACGGGGGCAGCUCCAAAGAUCGGAAUGCACCGGGAUCAGGGUGCAUCUUGGCCCAUUGCAUGGGUCUCGGUAAAACGAUGCAAGUUAUUGCGCUGAUGAACACGGUAAUCUGCUAUCCACAACUAAGCACAAAGCGAAUCAUUGUGGUUUGUCCGAAAUCCACCGUCAUGAACUGGGCACAGGAGAUUCGUUACUGGUUGGGGGACAUUCCCAGCGGAGCGACCGUACAGGUGUUCCACUUGCCAGAAAGCUCCAACAUCUAUAAGAAGAUGGAGGUCCUACGAGGAUUCCAUAACGUAACUAGCAAGAAUGCUCACUGCUUACUGAUUGGUUACGAAGCAUUCCGUUCGCUGGUGUUCUACGAUGCUCGAAAUAAAAACGGAGAACAGCAUUCCGAUCGGAUUCGCACCGAAGUACGCCGAAUUUUAAUCAACCCAGGCGCCGAUCUAAUUGUGUUGGACGAAGGGCACAUAAUCAAAAAUCGAAAGUCCCAAACUAACCUGUCCGUGUCGGAGGUAGCCACCAAGCGACGUAUAAUUUUGACCGGCACUCCAAUCCAGAACAAUCUGAACGAGUAUUUCUGCAUGGUAAGCUUCGUCAAGCCGGCGUACCUGGGCGACGAGCGGGAAUUCAACGAACAGUACGCACGACCCAUCAGAGACGGCCAGCAUAAGGAUUCCAGUCCUGGCGACAUUCGUUACAUGAAGACAAAGUCGUUCAUCUUGCACAAACACCUGGAAAGCUUCGUGCAGCGUAAGGAGUUCUCCGUGCUUCAAGGUUUUCUACCGGAAAAGUACGAAUACGUAUUGUACGUUCCGUUAACUCCGGUACAGGAAGAUCUGUACGAACAGUACCUGCAGAGAAAUCCUUUCCGCAAGGAUGUUGGCGGCCGAAACUUGCUGGAAGAUUACACGUUCAUGCGUAAAAUCUGGACCCAUCCCAUCGUGCUGGAAAAGGCCUGGGAAACGGCAAUGAAGAAAAAGUACGGCAUCAAAGAAAAGCGUAAAGCGGCUCGUCGUGUCCGUGGAUUCGACAGUAGCUCCGAAGACGACGACGACAACGAUGCCGACAAUGCACGAUCCAUCACAAACAUCUGGUGGAAGCAGAUCAUCAGUAAGGACGACCUGGAGUCGCUUUACCCCAGCAACAAAAUGAUUCUGCUUUUUGAAAUCCUUCGCAUGUGCCAGGAAAAGGGUGAAAAGUGUUUGAUCUUUUCCGGCUUUGUAAUGGUGCUGAACAUGGUGGAGUACUUUAUGAAGAUGAUCGACGAACAGAGCAAGAAUCCCAAGGCGCACCUCCAUGGAUUGUCCCGUUUCCGGGGACCGUGGCGUCCGGGGAUGGACUAUUACCGCCUCGAUGGUGGUACGUCAAAAUCCAUCCGCCACGAAAUGAUCAACAAGUUUAACGAUCCGAAAAAUCGGGUCACUCGGGUGUUUCUCAUCUCCACCAAGGCGGGCGGCCAAGGCAUUAAUCUGGUUGGAGCCAAUCGAGUGGUAAUCUUGGACACAUCCUGGAAUCCGGCUGUAGAUCAGCAGGGUAUUUUCCGCAUAUAUCGCUUGGGGCAGCAAAAGCCCUGCUACAUCUACCGUUUGUUGGCAAUUCACACAAUGGAGGAGAAAGUGUAUUCUCGCGCGGUCACUAAACAGGCCAUGAGUCAUCGGGUGGCGGAUAAGAAACAGGUUGACCGGAACUACAAUAUGGCCGAACUGGAAGAGCUGUACCACUUUGAAAGGGUCAACAUGAGCGCCCGUUCGAAUCCUCCGCCGGCGGUGGAUGACCUAUUGUCCACGCUGCUGCUCAAAUUUCCCAAGCUCAUUUUCCGAUACCACACGCACGAGACCAUGCUGGACAACAAAAAUGAGGAAGAUUUAACUGAGUUUGAAAAGAAACUAGCAUGGAGAGAAUUCAAGAAGAAAGGAUUGAUGAUGAGCCUGGAACUUGGUAUGGGUGCAGAUGGAGCUGGUGAGCUUGAUAAAGCUGAUUCACAAAUGUCCGAGUUGGGCGUAGACCCGGAGCUGCGAGACAUGUUUGAAAAAUCUUGCACCCCCAAGACUGAGCCAAUCAAUUUGGAACCAGAGGACAACACUCCGUUGAUCAUACCGGUUCGGAAAUCAUUUGGCAAACGGUUCGACGAAAAGCUCAUGGACGUGGACCCGGAUCCGGUAGAGGAAGAUUCUGCCAUCUUCGGCGAGGAUCCGUACAAUGAGAUCAGUUUGGGACGCAGUAUCAUCGAGGAGCAACGUCAGAAACUGGGCAUCAAAAUGGAGCCGGGAAUUUCAACCCCUUCACAGGUGAACGUAUCUAAAGCUGAAGUUGAUUUGUUGCGUACCCUCGAAGAAGACAAAGAGCACCGCCCUCUUCCUGUGCAGAUCAAACAGGAACCCCAGGAACUUGUAACGCAAGAUAUAGUCCGAGAAGCACCCGUUGUAGAGUCCGUUGAUCUCUUGGAUCUUUCAUAUGAGAGUGGCCAAUCGACACUGAAUGAUCAAUCGGAGUCAUCAACAGCGCCGACAGUGUCAGCCGUCAAGGAGCAGCUGUCGGUCGAUAGCUCUUCUCCGUCGAUUAUCAUCGGCCCCGACACGUUGUCCUCGAUGAUCGAAUACGACCCCCUGACCAGCAGUCAGGAUCACAUCGUAACCGAAGCUUGCGCAAACUCCUGUCGCGAAAGCAUGGAAGCGACUGACAACAGCACAGCGGAAACAUCUACCUAUGAAAAAUUCGAAGCCCGUCUAAAAUCAAAUCCCAAAGUCACCACAAGUACUGCCGCACCACCUCCGUCCGUGGUGUUGGUAGCGACGGCUACGGGCCAUUUUCAAGUCGAGGUCCAAAUGCACGGCGCAGACUCCAGGGCUUCCAUUUCGGUGGAACCAUUGUUGACGCGGAGCAUGAAGCGGAAGAUGAUGGCUGCAGGCAGCCCGGCGGCCUCAAAUCCCAAGAAAGCGAAGAUAUACAGCACACGUGACGCAACGGUUCAGUUAUCCAGCGCUCAAACAAACAAUCAUCAAAAAUCCAAUCAAUGUCGUGCCCUCGUUCCGUAUGUUAAUCAUUCCGGAACCCGUGUAACUCUCAAUGUUCAUUUGCGUGAAUACCUCGAUCAAAACAAUCAAAUAAUAAUUCCAAACAACUGUUGUCGCGCCCUGGCACCCUACGUGAAGCGGGUAUCUUUGCUAGACGACAUUUUGCGCAGCUAUGGGCGUUUCUCUCAACUUUCCGGCUCCUAUCCACUUCCGCUCGUUCAAGUGGAUAGUGAUGCUAAAGACAUGGAGCGAAGCACGAUUCCAGCUGUACGUCAAACGACUACCCUCUCGUGGAAUGGCGAGGAAGUAAACUUCGCGGAUUUGGAAACCUGGUACGACGAAUCCAGCGGACAGUACUACACAGCAGAAACGGAAUUCUACAGUGUUCAUGACGAGAGCGACCCACUAACUCUCACCCAAUGUACUCUUCCUGAAUCGCAGCAAGCGUACACGCAGCAAGCAAUCGAAGUAGGCAACGAACAAGAAUUGAUUAAUCAUUUGGAAGAACUACGCGCCGCUUUGUCAGAUGAAGUUCAAGAAAACGAAGCAGGCCCAGCUAAUUGCUCAGCAGUCGUUCCGUACUGUCCUCCAGUUUCGAUUUGGGAUGAACAAAAAUAUGAUCGUUUGAAAGCUGAAGCGCCUCAGAUGGUACUCUAUCGUCCUGUUCGGUCAUUCUGGGAUCAGAAAAAUUACAGCAUGCGAAUGGUUCAAGUGGAACGUAGGCGCCAAAUUAUUCGCAAUCAGCACAAUAAGUGCUAUCGAUUUAUUCCGUACAACAAAGACGAUAGAAAAUGGGCCAAAGAAAUUCCAUCCACCUACGUUGAGAAUGCGGACAUCUGCGCUGACGCGCUUCUUCCACUGCCGGUAUUGCCAACGAACGCGCCCAAGGAGUGUUCAUCAAUAAUGCAUCGUACAAAGCCUGCUGCAGUCGUCAGCAUGGCGCUACUACCCUACACCGGAAAUUGCAUUCUAAAUGCAAUCCAAGGACGCGUACUUCGACCGGAACCAAACUCCGUUGUGUUGAGUUCCGAAUUGACGGAAUAUUUGUCGUUCUGUCGAAAUGUUACCUGCCAAUCGUCGUCACAAGGUAUCCCGAGUCCCAAGGCAAAUCGCGGCGUGAAGCGUAAACGGGAGAACUUGUCUCGAACGUUGGAAACACCGAAAAAAUCAAAGAACUCGAAAUCGGAGUUCAUCUUGCCAGCCGUGUUGGGAGACAGAAAUCGUUAGAAGUAUGUUUGAACAUAAUUUAAUGAAACUCCUCAUGCUAACUUUUUAAUUUUCGUUUUUCGGUAGGUAUCACUAGGAAUAAGAGUACUUCACCACAACUGUAAGUAUAAUUGAUUACUAUAUCAAUUUAAAUGCGACAAUUUUGCUUUCGUCUAGGUACUAAUUUACAAAUGAGUUACUUUACAAGUUUAACUAUCCAUCUGUUUGUGUGAUUUUUUUUUGUUUUGUUCUAGGGAUUCGUUUGACAGAGUCGCCAACUAGUACUGGUCGUUGGUUUGUUUUUCUUUCAUUUAAUUAUUAAGACUUUAGAUUCACAGUGCACUGUGCAUUGAGUUCAAUUCCUUUAUUGCAUCUACUUAUUUGCGGGAGAUUCGAUUAUCUCGUCUACGCACAACACAAUUAACAAGCACUUUUCUUGUUUGUAUUUUUUUAACAUGUUGACAUUACAAUAAAUAAAACU